AUGGAGCCUGGCCAGAGCGGUACUGAGCAGACCUCUCCACGCGGGAAUGAUUGGGAAGUCGUGCAACUGACUGCAUCAGCAUACGCUGCCGCGCCUGCUCCGAAGAGACCUGAACCUUCCGAGGAAGCCGAAGCUAAGAAAUAUGGCGCAAAAGGGGAUGAUUUAGCCACUGGGCUACUCAUGUCUGGCCACUUCUCGGUGGCUCAGAGUGAAGUUGAGAGCCUCCUUGUAGGCGCUGAAAGCAAAGAACCUCCCAAGGAGCUUUGCAACCCAGAUGCAGUUUCCAACGAGGGCGAUGGUGAGAAAUACCAAGGAACCCGCAAGCAUAAGCUGGAGGAUGACGUCCCCAGCAUUCCAUCCUUCGACAAAGGGAAGGAUGUUUCCUUGGGUGAUAUGGCAUUUGAUGAUGGCAAAGCAUUGAAAGGCAUGAGUUUGGUCGGGGAAGAACCGGUUGGGUUCUCGUCGUCUAUUUACAGCUCAAUUAAGGCUGAAAAUGAGUUAAGUUGGUCAGCUACAGAGAGUAGGAAUGAGAAGAAAACUGAGGAGCCUACUCUGCAUAACUUGAACCCCAUAACCGGUUCAUCAAAGGUUGUUUCAUCUGAUGAGCAGAGUGAACCUGCUGGUUCAGGCCCACGUGAAGCAUGGUGGAAGAAGCAGAUUUUGUCUCUGUACAAGACCGCGAAGGAAAGUCAUAAUUUCUGGCCUAUCGUCGCGACCGCUGCUGCUUUGGUGGGCCUGGCAUAUUUUGGGCGGCGCUGGCAAAAGGGAAAGCUGCAGUUUCAGCCAGUCAAAAUACCAUCUUCUAGCAACAAGGAGAAAAUCAAUGAUGCUGUUGGUCCAUUAAACCGUUUCAAGGACAUUCUUGUUGCUGGCAACCACCCAAGUCACGGUAUCCAUGGGCAUGCCCGUGCAAGCUGA